GCCCGCGCCCGCCUCUUCCCCAGAACGGGAGCCGCAGUCACUUAGAGCCCAGCAGAGAUUGUGAGCAGGAUGCGGUAGCAAUUAGUGUCUCUCUGCUCUGGAAGCAGCAGCAGCAGCGACUGCAGCCGGGAAGAGAGGAGGAGGAGGUGUGGGGAGAAGAGCCGAGGUCGGGGCUGCCUGCUGGUUCCCGAAAGCAAGGGGGACUCGGAUUCCGCCUUCGCCCCUUUGACCAGCCGGGUGCAGGGGGGCCAGCACCCGUUUCCCCUCCUCUUCGGCUCCCGGCGUGUUCCCAGACCUCCAUCGCUCCGAGAGAGGCAGGCCGGCGUCUGCCCACUGAUUGACACGUGGGCUCCCGUGACUUCACAGAGGAGCCUUGUUCGCGUUCCUGGCAGACCCUUCGGCCGCGCCACCUCUCCGGUCCCUGCCAAGCUGGGCCCAGCUGGACGGCGCUCCAGGGCCUCCCUGCUCUUGGAUAAUAAUUUUUCUCCUUUUCAAAUACAUCUAUAUACAUUGCGCAUCCGUUCAGCGGAGCGGCAGGCGAGCUCGAAGACCGGAGCAUCCGCCGUUCUGGUCGUCGUCGGCCGCUUUCUGCAUCUCAGCUGUCUUUUUUUCCUCUCUCUCUCUCCCUCCUGGGCUGUGUGAGACCUGCUGGCGGGGCGUGGGGUGCCUGUGGCCAAGAGGACGUGACAGGACCUUUGGCAGGCGGCCCCGGGGCAGGGCGGCAGUUCCACAGGUGGCGUGACGGCUCUGCAGGGCGUGUGCCAGCCACUCCUCCCUCCCGGCCAUCGCUCCGGCCUCAGGGACUAGCCGGCGGCCUCUCCCUCUUCCUCUGGAGCACAGCAAAGCUGUCCAAGGGUCGCUGGUCAUCUGGCGGCGUUGUCAGGGGGCGGGGGGGGCCACGGAGCAACGUCUGCGCCCUGUGACGACGGUCUUUCACCUGUGGCACAGUGUCCCUGCUUCCGCUGCCCUUCUUGUGCCAACACCUCUCUUCUCCGCAGCCAUGCCUACAGGGGGCCGGACAGGAGUCGUCUCGCUUGGAUCCGUUCUGACUUUCGUGGGCUCCUGAGUUUGGUGCCAGGGCCGCACACCCUCGCCACCUCCUGAUUCUCCCCCGCCCCCUGGCGCCUUGGUUUCGUCCCGUCUCCUCCGCCGGUUUGGGGCAUGGAUCUGCUACAAAAGAGCAAAUACAACCACUUGCGCAAUGACUCCCUUUCCUCCCUGGAGGAGGGCUCUGUGGCGGCCGACGGGGACUCUCCCGUGGACCCCCUGGUGGCGGCCCCCUCCCUGCCCAGCUCGCUGUCCUCCUCCUCGCUGAGCCCCAUGCUCCCCCUGGGCGAGCUGUCCUCCGAGUCGGAAGACAGCCCCACCACCCUGUGCUCCUUCUUCCCCAAGAUGGCCAACCUGAAGCUCGCCAACCCGGCCACUCUGCUCAGCCUCCGUGCCUUCUCCAAGGAGGCGGGCAGCUCCGGGGAGCAUCCGCCGCCAGCGGCACCACCACCACCUCCUCCUCCUCCCCCCGUCGCUGCCGUGACUACCUUCCCGGACUCAGCGGGGACUGUUGGUCUCUAUUCCCAGGAUAUGAACAAGUUGGGCUGUGCCAAGAGGAUGCGGGUGGAAGGCGGACAGCUGGGGGGAGACGAGUGGACACGGCACGGCAGCUUCGUCAACAAGCCCAGCCGGGGCUGGCUGCACCCUGACGACAAGGUGAUGGGCCCUGGAGUCUCCUACCUCGUCCGGUACAUGGGCUGCGUGGAAGUUCUCCAAUCCAUGCGGGCUCUCGACUUCAACACGAGGACUCAAGUCACAAGGGAGGCUAUUGGCCUAGUCUGUGAAGCUGUGCCUGGUGCCAAGGGAGCCAUUCGCAGGAGAAAGCCCUGCGGCCGCUCGCUGAACUCCAUCCUUGGCAAGAGCAACCUGAAGUUUGCCGGCAUGCCAAUCACACUCACCAUCUCCACCAGCAGCCUCAACCUCAUGGCGUCUGACUGUAAACAGAUCAUCGCCAACCAUCAUAUGCAAUCAAUUUCUUUUGCAUCCGGAGGGGAUCCGGACACGGCCGAAUAUGUUGCCUACGUUGCCAAAGAUCCUGUCAACCACAGAGCCUGCCACAUUCUGGAGUGCCCCGAGGGGCUGGCGCAGGACGUGAUCAGCACCAUUGGGCAGGCGUUUGAGCUGCGCUUCAAACAGUACCUCAAGAACCCUCCCAAGCUCGUCACCCCUCAUGACAGGAUGGCUGGAUUCGAUGGCUCCGCUUGGGACGAAGAGGAGGAACCGCUGCCAGACCACCAGUACUACAACGACUUCCCGGGGAAGGAGCCCCCGCUGGGAGGCGUGGUAGAUAUGCGCUUGAGAGAAGGAGCUGCGGCGGCCCUGAUGCCCAACCACUUAGGAGCCACCCUGCCUGUCUCCCAGAUGUCCGCCGGGGACUACGAAUCCAAGAAACCGCACCUCCCAGCACAAGGAAGGGAGAGGGGCCCGCCCAGCCGCACGGAUCUCUUUGACGACCCCUCCUACGUUAAUGUGCAGAACCUGGAGAAGGCGCGGCAGGGGGGUCCGGGGGCCACUGCCAACGGCAGCACCCAGCGAGAUCUCUUUGACAUGAAGCCGUUUGAGGAUGCCUUGCGGGGGCCGCCGCCUGUGUCCCCAGCCCAGCUGGUGGCCUCCAUGGAGGAGCAGCUCCGACGGGAGCCCUGGUACCACGGCCGGAUGAGUCGCAAAGAUGCCGAGAAGCUACUGCAGGCGAACGGGGACUUCCUGGUGCGCGAGAGCACCACCACGCCGGGGCAGUAUGUGCUGACCGGCCUGCAGGGGGGGCAGCCCAAGCACCUGCUCCUCGUGGACCCCGAAGGAGUGGUCCGGACGAAGGAUCACCGCUUCGAGAGCGUCAGCCACCUCAUUAGCUACCACAUGGACAAUCGGCUGCCAAUCAUUUCGGCGGGCAGCGAGCUCUGCCUGCAGCAACCAGUGGAGCGGAGAUUGUGAGCAGCGAGGGGCCGGGGUGUCAUCCUAAUCCCCACCCUGCAAAUCCUUCAGUGGGAAAAAAUAAUUGCCGCCUUGCCCCUUCCAGCAGCUUCACCUCAGCUUCUCCAGCCUUUUACGGGUGUUCUGUUCCUCACACACGUGUCGCCUGUACACCAGGCAUCAAUGGUUCCCUCCACCACAGGCCACAGCGGUGCCAUCUCUGCCAAAGCGUCUCCCUUUUAUUGCGAGCCGGACACCUGCCUCACUCCACAAACCCCUCCUUGGUAGAAGAUGCUCUCCGAUUAUCAACAAACUCUCCUGUCGCUUAUCGUCACCCACCUUUCAUUUCUCACAAGGAGGCCCUGGGCCAGCACUGCCUCACCUUUGCAAAGCCUGCGCAGGGCGCUAGUCCUCAGUGAGGGCGCGAGGAUCUCGCUUUCUCGUGGCCCUUGCUGGAUUCCGUGCCUGCACAGCUUCCCUUGGGGCAGAAGAGCCCCAAACUUCGCCUGCCUAUUUACCCCCACCCCCAGUUCAGGUAACCUCACCCUUCUUCUCUUGACUUUUUAAAGCGGCUGGGCGGAAGUCCGUCCCCGUCUCCGUUUGUAGCAGCGCCUGAUUGAAUCUUUGCCCAAUGGAUUCAGCUAAUGCCAAA